GAUAGGCCCGCGACUUCGCAUACAACAGGUCUACAGCUUCUGCCCUCAGACAGUUGGAUACGUUGAGCGGCAUGGAAGCUAAGUUUUUCUCGGCGGUGAUGAUUUUGAUUACUCUCUUGUUCGCUGAUGGCGAUGAAGGUUCAUCAGUUACUGCAAGAGCUCCAACCUCUCGGAAGACAGCUAACGGUGAAAUCGCUCAUUUUACCUGCACCUUAAAAUACAAUCUUUCUUCUGCCGAAAUCACGUGGCAGAAACAAGGGCACAAUCUGAGAGAUGGUAGCUCUGGUGUAGUGAUAAUAUCCUGGAACAACGGCACCAUCUUGGAAAGUCAUCUUCUUGUUGCAGUGACGGAUGAUGACGAAAGGAGAGGUACUUACACAUGUGUUGGGACAGAUGAAGAUGGACAAUCACGAAGAUCAUUUGUGAUACAAGGCCAAGCAGCAAAGAAGCUGAGUGACGUUGAUUACACUGCCAUUGGCGUGGCGAUUGGAAUCUUUCUGUGUCUUUCUACGGUGAUUCUUGUUUACUUGGUCCGGGGCCGAAAGCGUCUUCAAGAAGGAAAGUUAAGAACAAUGACAACAAUAUCUCAUUCAGUAACUGGGCAUGACAAUGCUGCUGUCGAAGAAGGAGAGAACACAAGUGCUGGAAUCACCCUUAAUACUCUAACUGAUCAGAGCCCUUCUAGUAAGGACUCUAAGCUGUAAAGCAUGUGUCUUAGAAAGUCGCCCGUGUCACGAAGCCAGGAGACGAUUCUUGUUUUCCUUUUUAAACACUUAAUUAUUUAUCUUAAACUUCUGAAAACCUUACGAUCUCGAACCUUAUUUAUAGUAGCCGAUUACGUCAUACUUAUUUCUGAAACACUAUUUUUAGUAGCAAGAACAUUCUAGACGCUAAUGAUGACAUAUCCUUAAAAUAACUCAAUAGAAUGUUCCGGAAUAUGGAGAAGUUUCUAGCUCAGCUUAUGCAAAAGCGUUGAGGUAAAUCAAUUUUCUGUUAAUUUCUGGAGACUACGUUACAGCUCGUCACCAUCGUCCUCCUCGGCUUGCGUAUUCCGGCUUGCUUCCUUACAGCUGAUACCAGACUAUUUAAGUUUUUUUGUAAGACGCAUGAUGGAUAAUUCCACUUUAGGACCUCUUCAGCCUGACAAAUACCCUGGUAUGCAAUGGUGGAGGGGUUUUUAUCCGAGCUGAUAAAAACUUUGAAAUUAUUUGAUGGAG